UCGCAACAGCACGUCGGAGUCUACUCAAGGCGUAUAAACAAAUCGUUAGGAGAUACCGUCCGGUCCGCAAAUACAUUUUUCGUUGAAUUUCACAGAGAAAACCGAGGGACUAUUUCGCGUCCGCGUAGAAUACGAGAGGAAACUGCUAUAGCAAUGCGCAGACGAAUCGACGCACGGUGAUUGUUGUGACAGAAGUAGAGAAGAGUAUCAUCGCAUCGUCGUAUUUCCAGUGCGGAAUCAUCGUAUGAAUCGGUAAGGGAACGAAGAAUUCAGAAACUUUUCGAGGAAGAAACAGUUCCAUUAAAUUGCACGAACCUCGUGCAAGUGUACGUGAACGAUGAAGUUUCACUACAAGGAGAAACAUUCUUUUGAAAGGAGGAAGGUCGAGGGUGAAAAGAUAAGACGAAAAUAUCCCGAAAGGGUUCCUGUCAUUGUUGAGAAAGCUCCAAAAGCUAAAAUUAGUGAUUUGGAUAAACAAAAAUACUUAGUACCAUCUGAUUUAACUGUGGGACAGUUUUACUUUUUAAUUCGCAAACGAAUUCACUUACGUCCGGAGGAUGCUCUCUUUUUCUUUGUAAACAACAUUAUUCCUCCAACAAGCGCUACCAUGGGUUCUCUUUAUGCGGAACAUCAUGAAGAAGAUUUCUUCCUCUAUAUAGCAUACAGCGAUGAGAAUGUGUAUGGACACUAAUUCACAAAAAUAAAGACAACAUCCGAAGAGAAAGCAGACAAAAAUUUGCCAUCUACAAUAAACGUAGUCCUUUUAGAAGCUUUUGAAAGUGUCAACAAAAUUAUGUCCUUCAAUUGUUUCGAGUGAAAUUUUAAAUUCUAGCACUAUGUAAUUUAAGUUUGCUUCCUUAAGAUAAAUUACACAUUCGUCUACCAAUUAUAUGAACAUUGUAUGUAUAUCUUUUCUUUUUUUUUUUUUUGUUCCAUCACUCACUGAUUAUCAAAAAAACUGAAGAUCAGAAUGUAAGGAUGAGAGCUGUGUUAUAUGAUUUUCUUAUCUAGGCUAAUAUAUAAAAAAUUGAAGUCAUUUAAAAAAAAGAAUUGAUAAUUAUUAUGAAAAUAUAAUGAUUAUUUGAAACUAAUAUUUAGAAUGAUCUUAUGAUAAAUUUAUAAUUCUGCAUAGAUAUUUUAUGUAAUUUUAUUUUAAUGAUAAUUCACUUUUAUCUAGACUAGUAUUAUUCUAUUCAUAUGAUUCACUAUAAUUUGACCAUUUAAAAAAUGGGAAGAACUUGUUGAAUAUGUGGUGAAGUGAAAUUUGUUGUAACGGCUGGAUGUGGGUCAAUAAAAAAAAUUAUAAAAGUAAA